GGAGCCGGGGGCUGGGCGGGGACCGGGAUCGUCAAGUAAGGCGGCGGCGGAGGCGGCGGCGGCUCGGCAGGCGGGNUGAAGCUUCGGGGGGCCAGGUCGGUCGGGUGGUGGCUGCCUGCUACAGGCAGCGCGUGCCGGGCCAGCGCUUGUGUCCACCUCUCCCCACCCCGCUCCCCGUCCCCUUCUCCCCUCACCUACCGCACCCAGCCCCCCUCGUCAGGGGUAGCGGGGCCGCUCCCUCCGUCCUACCCUCGAUUGCCCACCCUCACCGCCCUUGUUUCUCCUUCCCCUGCCCGGGGCAGCCGCCGCCAUGAUCCUGCUGGAGGUGAACAACCGCAUCAUCGAGGAGACGCUCGCGCUCAAGUUCGAGAACGCGGCCGCCGGAAACAAACCAGAAGCUGUAGAAGUAACAUUUGCAGAUUUUGAUGGCGUCCUUUAUCAUAUUUCAAAUCCUAAUGGAGACAAAACAAAAGUGAUGGUCAGUAUUUCUUUGAAAUUCUACAAGGAACUUCAGGCACAUGGAGCUGAUGAGUUAUUAAAGAGAGUAUAUGGGAGUUUCUUGGUAAAUCCAGAACCAGGAUAUAAUGUUUCUUUGCUAUAUGACCUGGAAAAUCUACCUGCAUCCAAGGAUUCUAUUGUGCAUCAGGCUGGCAUGUUGAAGAGAAAUUGUUUUGCCUCUGUGUUUGAGAAAUACUUCCAAUUCCAAGAAGAGGGCAAAGAAGGAGAGAACAGAGCAGUUAUCCAUUAUAGGGAUGAUGAGACCAUGUAUGUGGAAUCUAAGAAAGACAGAGUCACAGUAGUCUUCAGCACGGUUUUUAAAGAUGACGACGAUGUGGUCAUCGGGAAGGUGUUCAUGCAGGAGUUCAAAGAAGGACGAAGAGCCAGCCACACAGCCCCCCAGGUCCUUUUCAGCCACAGGGAACCUCCUCUAGAGCUGAAAGACACAGAUGCUGCUGUGGGUGACAACAUUGGCUACAUCACCUUUGUGCUGUUCCCUCGCCACACCAAUGCCACUGCUCGAGACAACACCAUCAACCUGAUCCACACGUUCCGGGACUAUCUGCACUACCACAUUAAGUGCUCUAAGGCCUAUAUUCAUACACGAAUGCGAGCAAAAACAUCCGACUUCCUUAAGGUGCUCAACCGUGCACGCCCAGAUGCCGAGAAAAAAGAAAUGAAAACAAUCACGGGGAAGACUUUUUCAUCCCGCUAACUCUUGGGAACUGAGGAGGAAGCGCUGUUGACCGAAGGCUGGACUGCUUGCUACUGGAUAAUCGUAGCCCUUCAUGUUGCACCUUCUCCAGGUUCUUGAGGGAUUCUCCAUUUGGGUUCCAUUUUGUACGAGUUUGGCAAAUAACCUGCAGAAACAAGCUGUGCUUGCAAGGACUUGAUAGUUCCUAAGAAUUAAAAAAAAAAAAAAAUCCACUUGAUCAACUUAAUUCCCUUUUAUUUUUCCUCCCUCACUCCCCUUCCUUUUCCAAGCUGUUUGCUUUGCAAUAUGUUACUGGUAAUGAGUUGCAGGUAAUGCAAUCUUAACUUGUUUUCUUCUAAGUAUUUGAGUUCAAAACUCCUGUAUCUAAAGAAAUACGGUUGGGGUCAUUAAUAAAGAAAAUCUUUCUAUCUUA